AUGGCGGGGAAGCGGCAUUGGAAGGCCGGCGAGUUCCCGGGCACCACCGCCGGUCCCGGGUCGGGGACGCCGAGGAUUCCCCUCAAGAACGUCAAGAAGCGGCUGGACGCCCGCGCGGACGCCAAGGCGUGGGCGUGCACCGUCACCGAGGCCCUCGCUGACCGCGUCAGCUCUAAGAACUGGCAAGAGGCGCUCCAGGUCUUUGAGAUGCUCAAGGAACAGCCUUUCUACCAUCCCAAAGAGGGCACCUACAUGAAGCUUAUCGUGCUGCUUGGCCGAUCAGGGCAGCCCGCCCGAGCGCACCAGCUAUUCGACGAGAUGUUGCAACAAGGAUGCCAGCCCACCUCUGAGCUUUACACCGCCUUAAUUGGGGCCUACUGCCGCAGCGGCCUACUGGAUGAGGCGCUCCAGCUCCUCAAUGACAUGAAGCGCUCACCGUUGUGCCAGCCUGACGUCUACACCUACAGCACCAUCAUCAAGGCCUGUGUCGAUGCCGCUAGAUUUGACCUCAUCGAUGUUAUGUACAAAGACAUGGCUGAGCGCUCUAUAGCGCCCAACACGGGCCAGGUUGAAUUGAUGGAAAAAUGGUACGAGAAAUUCCGAAGCUAUGGGGUUGAACCAGAGACUCGCACACUGAACAUCCUGAUUGGUGCCUAUGGGAAGAAGCGGAUGUAUGAUAAGAUGUCUGCAGUCAUGGAGUACAUGCGCAAGCUUGCGUUCCCAUGGACAACCGCGACAUACAACAAUGUGAUUGAGGCAUUUGCCGAGGCGGGUGAUGCCAAAAACAUGGAGCACACAUUUAACCAGAUGCGCUCUGAGGGUAUGAAGCCGGAUACAAAGACCUUCUGCUGUCUAAUAAAUGGGUUUAGCAAAGCAGGCCAAUUCCAUAAGGUGGUGGGCAUGGUUAAGCUUGCUGAGAGGCUUGAUGUGCCUGCAAAUACAUCUUUCUACAAUGCUAUUCUUGGUGCAUGUGCAAGAGCAGAUGAUCUUAUGGAGAUGGAGAGGGUCUUCAGGCACAUGAAGCAUACACAGUGUGAUCCUGAUGCUGUGACAUACUCUAUCUUGGUGGAAGCUUAUCGCAAGGAAGGAAUGACCGAUAAGAUUUAUGCUUUGCAUCAGGAGAACCCAACUUUGGUUCCAGCUGAUUUUGUCAUGGUUUAA